UGUGCCGCGCAGCUGAUCGUAUAAGAAUAAUAAUAGAACUACGAUAAAUAAGUAAAAAAAACGUACACGCUACAUAAAUAAAUAUAUAACAAAGUGAAAGACAGAAAGAGAUUACGAAGUGUAGAGUGCAUGUAGUCAUCAGAAAUGGCAGAAUCAACCGAUGAGACCUUUCAUCCGCAAAGUAUUAAAUUACCUGCUGCAGUCGAGAUUUUCGCUAAUCUCAAGAAUGCACAGAAAUUUGCUAUUGAUAUCGGUUUGUCUUUGACUAAAAUUGCCUAUUACUCAACUGUGAAAUAUCGCAAGGCUUUGUAUCAACUUUUAGAGGAAGGUUCAACAAUGGACGAAAGUAAUUAUGAAAAUUUGUACCAAGUAUUUGAAGGAAAUAGACUACAUUUUGUUAAAUUUGAGACUCGUUAUAUUGAAAGUUGUUUGGAUUUCGUUAAAUCCAAUUUGGUUGACAUUGAAAGAUUUCAAGGUACUAGUAUUCCAGUGACAGGUGGUGGAGCUUACAAAUAUGCAAAUCUCAUACAAGAAAAGCUGGGAACAUCAGUUGAUAAGAAGGAUGAAAUAUGCUGUCUUAUUAAAGGCUGUAAUUUUUUAUUAAAAAAUAUACCUGGAGAAGCCUUUGAAUUUGAACGAAAUGCCAACCCUGAGUAUAAAUUUCAAAAAGCAGGUCCAAAUAUUUUUCCUUAUUUAUUGGUUAACAUUGGAAGUGGAGUUAGUAUACUGAAGGUGAAAUCAGAUAAAAAAUAUGAAAGGAUAGGAGGUACAGCUACAGGAGGUGGCACAUUUUGGGGACUAGGAUCUCUACUCACUAGAGUGAAAAGUUUUGAAGAACUACUGCAAUUAGCAGAAACGGGAGAUCAUCGCAAUAUAGAUAUGUUAGUCAGAGACAUAUAUGGUGGGGACUACUCUUUGCAAGGUCUUGGAGGAGAAAUUAUUGCUUCAUCUUUUGGAAAGGCAAUGGGUUGCAAUAGAGCUAAGUCAGGUGAAAAAAAGUUUUCAGAGGCAGAUAUAGCAAGAAGCUUGCUUUAUCUCAUUAGUAAUGACAUUGGACAAAUAGCUAGUCUUUAUGCCUCUUUACAUAAUAUGAAUAAAAUUUAUUUUGGUGGCUAUUUUUUACAUAAUCAUCCUCUCUCCAUGUAUACCAUUUCUUAUGCUAUAAAUUUUUGGACACAAAAUAAAGUGAAACCUCUUUUUCUUCGACAUGAAGGCUACUUGGGUGCGAUAGGUGCGUUUUUGUGUGGAGGUGAAGGAGAAUCAAAUAAAAGUUGGUUGGAAAAUUAUGCUGGGUCAUCUGGUUUUAAAACCGAUACAAUAACUGCAAAUUUUGGUAUUGAAGUUGAUCAAUUAGAAAUUGAUCAAGCGGAAAAUACGGUCGCAUUCUGCCCAUUAUUAGUUGAUCCUACUACAUAUAAUCCUGACACAACUGACCUUGUUCAGGAUAAAGAAGCUAGAGAUUACUGGCUAGCUUGUUUUGAGGAAUCUAUAGAUACGUUUAUCACUAGAGCUAUUAACAGCCAGCCACAAAGUCCGACUGCAAAAGAUCGAGCGAAUAAACUGAAAGAAAAGUACAUUAAUCGUUUGCACUGCCUUCACAGACAUCCAUUUGCUUACGGUACUUUAACAGUGAGAACACUUCUGGAUACUAUUGAACAUUGCAUGAAAGAGUUUGACUUUCCAGAUCCAUACUUACAACAAAAAAAAGGUGAAAACGAACAAGCUUUUAAGUUCUUCGAGCAAAGACUGAAUGCAGUUGAUCAAUUAGAAGGUGCUGCCAAAAUUGAAGAACUGAUCAAAGGUGUACUUACCGGUAAUAUAUUUGAUUGGGGUGCAAAAGAAGUUGCAUCGCUACUGGAAACAUCGUCAUUUUCUUUUGAAGAUGCUCAAAGUAAAAUACCUGAGCGGCCUUGGCUGCAGGAUGAUCUUGACGAUUGGGCGAAGAGGUUGCUCAAAAAACCGUCACACAAAUGUGCUGCAGUGUUUAUAGAUAAUAGCGGUGUUGACGUGAUUUUAGGAAUCUUGCCUUUUGUACGAGAUCUGCUACAGAGAGGAACAAAAGUUAUUUUGUGCGCCAACUCGUUACCAGCUCUCAAUGACGUUACGUAUCCAGAAUUAGUGACUAUACUGAGAGACGCAUCAAAAUUAUGCAAAAUUAUUAAAAGUGCUUUUGACGAUAAUCGACUAAUGGCUAUGGAAACGGCGCAAGCUGGUCCAUGUUUGGAUUUAAGCCGAUUGAAUUUAGAUCUAUGUAUGGCAAUGAUAAAACACGAAGUUGAUCUUAUAGUGAUCGAGGGUAUGGGUAGGACUUUACAUACAAAUUUGUACGCUAAAAUGAAGUGCGAGUGCCUGAAACUCGCGGUAGUGAAAAAUCGUUGGCUUGCCAACCGCCUCGGUGGCGAUAUGUACGCUGUGAUAUGUAAAUACGAAAAAGAAGUCGCCAAGGCAGACACACAGAACCGAUCGUCUACUGGACAGUGCACUUGUGAGUACCUGAGGAAGAGCAGUGCAAAGAACGAAUUUUCCAUUUCAACUGAUGAAAAUAGUAUCGCUAGAAAUGACACCAGUUAACUCGUUUUUAUAGAAUUAUAGUUUGCAUUUUUUUUUUUAUUUACUUGACUUUAUACUCGGAUGAUAAUUUUAUACUUAUUUUCUAAUGUUAUACGUUUUGGUGAAAUUAUUAUUAUUUUUCUAGUUACAUUUGCUUGACUUACAUUGACACUGAGUGUUGAUACAUAUCUUUGUUUACUUUGUUGACAUUUUCAUAAUUUUUUAAAAUGAAACUAUUGAGCUAAAUUUCAAGACAAUAACUGUUUAAUCAAAAUAAAAUAAAAAUAGAAUGAAAUGAAAUGUCACGCAUUGUACUAUUUAAAUUAAAAAUGUACAGUUACGUUGUGAUAUAUCAAGCCUUCUUUGCCGUACUAUGUAGAAAAUUCUAAUUGCAUAAAGUUCAGUCAGUGUAUAAGUAAAGUAAUGAAAUGGACUAUAAUUAACUUUCAAGUAGUUGUUGAUAAAACGACGCGAUGAAAUUUUUAAAUUAAUUUUAAGUCAUUCAACCAAAUGUCUUAGUGAAUUUAUAAUACCCAUGUUUUCAACUUGAUAAAUAUAAUUUUGUAUAUAAACUAUUGUAUUUACUAUUGAUACAA